AACCUCACAGUCGGUCGUAUCCUUGGAAUAUAUAGGGGAUAUUCGCAUGUCACACUCUUUUGGCUGACACCACACAGCCCAUCAUGUUCUUCAAUGACAGUUUCGAGGAUUUUCACCUUGACAUCGUCGGUUUCCUCGCCAUUUUGGGUGAGGGUUCCGUAUCGGUGAACUACCAAGUCUCGACAUUAUCAGCCUUCACCUUCCUCCCACGCCUCUUGCCCGCACCCCAGGCGUUUAUGAGACCGUCGCGACCACUUCGUCUAGAUGAUGUUCCGGGUACUGUGGUGGGCAUUCGCUCAGGAAACUGCCGGCCUCACGUCUACCGCAUCCCUCAUAUCAUCCUGCCGGGGGAUGAAUCGAUGAAAAGCGAUUCUGAUUACACAGUCCGCCAAUAUCAAAUCACGAUCAAAGAUGGAGGAGACCCGAAAGAUGCAUUGAUCACGGCACGCGCUUUCAGUCUACUGUCCCUACUCGCCGCCAUCGGCUGUGCCAUGUCGAUCGCGCUGCUUGGCCUCUCAAUCCAUUUCAAUGACGGAUGGGCACUGAUAGCGACCAUCCUCCUCUCCUGCCUCUCGUCCCUUCUGGGCCUCAUGUGCAAAUGGUCCCUGAAGCUUGGAAAACGUGUAACAGGAUCAGAACAUAUUCCGUCCGGUAGCGUGAUAAUUUGCUACCCGAACGGCGCAUUCAUAAUCGUGGAGUGUGACGAAGCAGUCGCCCGACCGCUCUUUUUCGCCCCCGAACGAUGCAACUAUCUCAUCUCGGGAACGUGGUAUCGCUCUCUCGCCCUCCUCGGAACAAUGAUGCUCAUGUUCGGAGUUAUUGCGCUGGGAAACUCGGGAGCACGCAUGCAAGUCGCCUUCGGUGCGUCGUAUCUGUUGCUCAAUGCUGCGUACUGGAUGGUUGCAGCCUUGCCCGAGAGACUCCACUGGGAUUACUCGGCGCUUAAUAUCAAGGAGGUCACGCCUGCUUUUCCGGCGCCCGGGGAGAAGAAGAGCUUCGGAAUGGCGCUAUGGAAUGCGAUUAAAUUGACCAAGUCGACUAGAUGGGUGAAGACUGGACGUAUCGCACCGGAUACGGACGCUUGGGAUGACUGGUUGAAUCAAGCUCAAUAUGCUGCCAACGGAGAGGAUGGGUUGAAUUCGGAGACCUGGGAUUGGUCGAAAGCUUUGGACGCCUGUUUGUUUACCUCUAGACUGCAGAAACCUUGUCCUGAAGAAAGGGAGGUUUAGUAUAUGCGUUGGUGGAAAUCGUUCGGAUUAUGUGUACCAUGCUUGGAUGAUGAUGAUUACGAUUAUGAUGAUUAUUGCAUGACUGUGAUGAUUGUAUAUGAGGUCUCUUUUGUUUGUCUUGGUUAGAGAUCUGUAAUGACUAUUGUUAGAUGUUUUUGUUAUUCUUUGUUUUUCUUAUGUUACGAUGAUGAUGAUUGUUAUCUGCUUAUGCUGAUAAAAUGCCCUUUUCAUGUUCUUAUGAUCAACAGCGCGCAUCUAUCGCGCGUCGAUAUAGAAAAGUGAUUCUGUUCUUUUUAUC